CCUCCAACCACAUUCAAGCUUCACUCCUCAAUUCGAAAUGGACGACGAAGAGGAAUGGCCGCUCUCCACUAAAGUCUCUGGACCUGCAUCGUCACUUUAUCCUGAUAUUGUGGGACAUGGCAUUGCAUUUAGUGAAGCCUCGCCUAAUCUGUUGAGUGCUGCCCAUGUCGAUAUCGAGGCUUGCAGGAUAGAUAAGCACGGUCUCGAGUCUGAAGCAAUUGAGAGUUAUGAUGACUUGGUAUUCUAUUUCGAGACGUCAAAAUCAUGUCAUGCAAUUCCUGAUUGGGAUGAUACCGAUUUGAAAACAGACUCGAUCAUUGUCUCCGAAACGUCUGUCGAUGAAGUAGACAUCGAUCAUGGAGCUGAAGCAGAGAUCUUCUUCAUUCGUCGAAUGCAUGCGCAUACACGUCUUGCAUUAUCAGAACAAGCGCUGAAAUGCCUUCUGUCUCAGCACCAAGUCUUCUCACCACUUGCCAAUAUUCUCACCUCAUUCUCAAUUGGAAGUACCGAUUACCACGAAGGAAGCAGUGGCUUUUACACCAACACCACGGCGAAGUGUCCUCAGGGAUACAGCAUCCUUGAAUUGGGUUACAUACUAAAGUAUGUCGAACCGGAUGCAGCAAGCCUAUCACCAGUACCAUGGUCGGUUCGCCAAAUGGCUAUUUACCAAAAGGUCGACACGAAGACUCAAGAAACAAAAGGUUUCGUUGUUCAAGCCUCGACCGACGUCCGCCGGCGCAAAGAAGAGAUCACUCAAAGCGUCGAAGCCUGCCAGGACUUGAGUGAGCAUUGGACGAGUCUUCACUUAUUGAUCAUCGGAACCAUAAAUCGGAAUUGGGAGCUGUAUCUGAAGAGCUUAGACAUUGGCGUUGACAGACUUCACAACUCGCUUUAUGCUGCGUCGUUGCCCAACUUCACUAUUACAAGCAUGCAAGAAGUUUCCAAAUUCGUCGAUCUUCUCAUCAAGUUCAUCCACAUGUUAAAACUCAACAUGGAGGUCUUCAACAUGCUUUUAGGAGAGUCUAGAAGACCCGGCGGACGCGAAGAAUUCGACAAGACGGAUUUUAGUUGCAGAUAUAGGAUGCUAGAGUGGGCUAUCGAUUCGACGUUAUCAAAGACUAAACUCCUCUGUAGUCAUGCUGAGCUUGUACUCAGUCGAGCAAACAAUGUUGUAGCUAUGAUGCGAGCUUUUAGUACGCUCCAAAACAACCAAUUCAUUCACAACAUUGCACUCGAUAGCAAUCAAAGUCUGCAAACUAUUGGGCAUAACACAACGAGAGACGACAGCAACAUCCUGCCGGGACCCAGACAUGCACCAACACGAGAAGUUCCACGAGAAGCUAGGUCGACUAGAACGAUCACCCUUAUGAUGCUUGUCUAUCUGCCUCUAAUUUUCACAUCUACUUUCCUAAGCAUGGGAUUCAUACAUGUGACUUCAGCCCACAAUGGCUUGAUCGUUAGAGCUGAUGAUGACAUGUGGUUUUACCUUGCUCUCACGCUUCCACUUUCUAUCGUUACAUUGGCGGUAUGGUAUAUAUGGGAAUGGAGAGCGCGUCGUAGACGGAUGUCUCGUGAUUUAGAGGAGAACGUAAAGUUAGAGUGAAUCAAUCGAUACGCCUUU